CAUAUUUUAUUGGCUCUUCGGUUGGACUAAUAUUGACCCAUGUAGUUGCGGGCAUAUUCUCUCAUGUGUAACAUGCGCGCGCACACAAAGGUUCACUUAGGAACAGUAACAAUUAAUUUUACUAUAUGGGAAGUUGAUUAAUGUAAUAUUCAUGUAAACAUUAUAUAUAGCUCUUGCUCAAUCUUUAUCAGCCUCACCGCGCGCAUGUAUGCUGCCUAAUAAUGUAUUUUCUUGUUAUGCCAUCUUAAACAAGUGCACAUUUUCAACAUAAAAUGAUAGGUGCUGCCAGACUUGAUUUACCUUUAAUAAAAAAUUAAAUCUAAUUUUAGUCCGAGGUCACCUGUUGAGAAGGUGCAAAUUGCUUAAAAUAUUACAAGCUGAGAUCAUAACGCACACACACACGCACCCGCGCGCGCUCAGUGUGCAUGUAGUGUAGAGUGUCUCCAUCUGUGUGUGCGCUUUGGUGAUGUGUGUGUGUGUGUGUGUGUGUGUUUUCUCAGCCUGGCACACACUGAAGUCUGCCAGCGGACGCUCGCGGUGGCAUACCGUGACAGUGCAGCUUUACCGGAGUGAGCCAAACGAGAGUCGCGUCCAUCCAUCCAUCCGUCCAGCCAUGAGUCACCGGGGAAAACGGACACAUUCGCGCUCGGACCUGUUAUUCGCGUGACCAUCAAGCGCAUUAAGUUUAGCGUCUGGGUAUAGCCGCGGGAAUAAGUGAUUUUCUCCUGGGUUGGAUCACGUUUGGAGCAUAAGUCGUGCGCUGCGCGUCUCCGCCGCUCAUCAGAUGAUGCGUGUUCACGGGUCCUCCUCCGGUACCUCCGGCAUUACUCACGCACCGGCGGAGUGAGAACAGCUGAAGAUGAUCCUCAGAUGAACAGGUCGGGGAAACUUUUUCUGGAAGAUGUUCAGGGGAGCUGCGGUCUUCGUUUGGAUAUCUGACGGCCACGACGAUGAGUUUGUUUAAACGCACGAGAGGAGGAAAUUUAACAGGUGCGUAAUUGUCACUCGAGCAUGAAUCCCAGUGGCUUCUGGCACCUUCUCCAGUUCAGAAGCUCUUUGGAGAUCACUCGGGGAGCGCGCUAGUUGAUGGCACUGCGCGCCGGGAGGACUUUGCUGUGGCUCGGGCAGGUUUUGCGCAGAGUUUCGCGGCUGCAGGGCUUGUGGUCCCGGCGCUCCAGCAGUCUGCUGUGUCUCUCGGCCAGCCAGGACCACGAUCAAGGGACCUGUUACAACCGCAACCGGUGUCCGAAGACGCAUCAGCAGCACUGCCCCUAUCCGCCCUUUCCGGACUGCUGCUGCGCCUUCCCGGGGGAUAAGAGGGGACAUGAACCCCUCAGCCGCCGGUUCCUGGUGGCCAUGAAGAGGCAGAACGUGCGGACGCUGUCCCUGAUCGUCUGCACGUUCACCUAUCUGCUGGUCGGGGCCGCGGUGUUUGACGCGCUCGAGUCGGACUUCGAGAUGCGGGAGAAGGAGCAGCUGGAGGCGGAGGAGAAGCGCCUCCAGGGCAAGUACAACAUCAGUGAGGAUGACUAUAAAAAGCUGGAGACCAUCAUCAUGGAGGCCGAGCCUCACAGAGCAGGGGUCCAGUGGAAAUUUGCAGGGUCCUUUUACUUUGCCAUCACUGUCAUAACCACGAUAGGUUAUGGCCACGCGGCUCCGGGCACGGAUGCAGGAAAGGCAUUCUGCAUGUUUUAUGCUGUGCUGGGGAUCCCGCUCACACUGGUGAUGUUCCAAAGCCUCGGCGAGAGGAUGAACACCUUCGUCAAGUACCUGCUGAAGCGCAUCAAAAAGUGCUGCGGGAUGCGCAUCACGGACGUCUCAAUGGAGAACAUGGUGACCGUGGGGUUUUUCUCCUGCAUGGGAACGCUCUGCAUCGGCGCAGCAGCUUUCUCCCACUACGAGGACUGGAGUUUCUUUCAGUCCUAUUAUUAUUGUUUCAUAACACUCACCACCAUCGGGUUCGGGGACUUUGUGGCCCUGCAGAAGAACAAAGCCUUGCAGAGGAAACCCGUUUAUGUGGCGUUCAGCUUCAUGUACAUCCUAGUGGGGCUGACAGUCAUCGGGGCCUUUCUCAACCUGGUGGUACUACGUUUCCUGACCAUGAAUAGCGAGGACGAGCGGCGGGACGCCGAGGAGAGAGCUUCCCUGGCGGGGAACCGCAGUAGCAUGAUCAUCCACAUCCAAGAGGACACGCUCCAGAGGAGUCGACGGAGAAGAGAGCAGCAGCAGCACCGCUACAGGCCCGAGGUCACCGAUCUCCAGUCCGUUUGCUCCUGCAUGCACUACCAUUCGCAUGAGUUCGGGAGCUCGGUCGGCCUCGGAUUGGGAAUGGGAGGAGGAGGAGGCGGCGGAGGCGCGUUUCAGCACCAGAACUCGUUCGGCUCCCAGUUGAGCCCCCAUCAGUACCAUCACUACCACUCAACGGUGUCCUACCGCAUAGAGGAGAUCUCGCCGAGCACUUUGAAAAACAGCUUCCUUCCCUCCCCCAUCAGCUCCGUCUCGCCCGGGCUGCACAGCUUCACAGAAAACCUCCGGCUCAUGAGACGCCGCAAGUCCAUCUGAGGAACGACGGCACCCGGUAACUAAUCGCUGAACACACAUAUCCAAUGCUGCUGCUCUACCAAACCUCAUUCCUGCACUUUUUUUCGACAUUUCCUGGCUCUUGCGAGACGCAAGGAAGUGACGUUGGAUCACGCGAGCAGGACGCUUGAACAGUUGAUGGAUAUAUAAGAACUUCGUUAAAAAGCAUGAAGCAUGGAUAUCUAUUUUUGCAGAAAACAUCACCUGGGCCUUCUUUGCCCUUUUGAGCAGCACCUGAGUGGGUUUGGAUAUAAUAAUACCACCCUGAUAUCUUAUCAGACGAUACACAUUUGAGUUUUGAAUAAUACAGAGGGAGAGAUAUAUAUAUAUAAUUUUUUAAAGGGACGUGUGAAAACGUGUUUUAUCAAACGGUGAGCAGCCUCUGGUUCUUUCUUAAGAUUCAAGUGCCACAACAUCGAAGAGGAAAUAACUAUAAAACUGAUUUGAAAAGGACUACACAGUAUCAGGUAUUGUUUUCUAUAAGCAAUUCUAUUUAAGAAGAAUAAGACAUUGAUUCACAUCAUGCCAAAAUAUUGUUGCCAACCAUAGCAUGUGCAUUAGUUGUUGUUUGAUGUGAGUCAUCGUUUCCGUUAACCUUUUUUGUUUUUUUCCGUUUUUGUUUGUUUAAUUUCAAUCAAAAGUUUUUUGUAAAUUAUACAUGUAUGUAGAGACUUUCCAAGUGCGUUAUAUUUAAAGGUGACAGACGAUAGACAGCAAAAGUCGGUUCUGAGAGGAGAAUAAUUGCAUGUGCUUUGUUCAAACUGGUAUGUGUAUACUGUCACGAGGCGAAGCGAUAGCUACCUUAGCACUGGAUUCAAUAUAAAAAGCAAAUAAUCCUUUUAAAAGUAUUUUCUGAAAAGAAACUUCUGACUCCAAAACAUCCACUAAAACAGGGCCUCACAAUGGGAACGUUACGGCAUCGCCGAUGAUUGUUAUUCAUCGGGAUUUAUAUAAAAAACAGCACGUUGACUCGACUAUUAUUCCAUUGUGAACAAUCAAUGUAUAAUGUAUGCUAAUCCUAGCAAUGAUUGCUUUUCUCUCGACCAUUUAUUUGAAUGGGACUUAUUUAAAUGCAUCAAUAAAGACAGUUAUUUAUGUAUUUUACACUUUGAUGAUGUCUUGAGAGGAUGCCCUGAAAAUCAGAUGGUACCUCAUAGCCCUAAAAUUGCUCUGAUGUUGAUUGAAAAACAUAGUGUAGCUCUUUUAGGUGAACAGUCAGAAUGUAAUCAACAGUUCUCAUUCCCUGCUUGGGGUAGGGAUUGUUUUUGUUCCAUAACCAAAUUGCAUCUCUGAAAUAACAGCAAUCACUUUUCAGUUUUAACUUAAAUCUUUUACUGUUUCCUGAAUGUAAUAUAUGAGUAUCUGUGUAACAGUUAGGAUCAUCCAAUAAACAAGAGUUGGAGUCAAGACUUGACCCCUCAAGGCCCAGAUCCAGACCAGUACCUGUCCAAGUAUGAGAUUGUCCAGUUUAAUGAACUGAAAUUAAGAAGAUGCUGAUUUUAUCACAGCAUUCACUUUGCACAUUGGCUAAAUAGCCAUUCAAAGCCAUAGAAAUGUUGCUUAUUUUCUGUAAUCAUGAAGACACCUUGUUGAAUUUGGCUGAGUAUCACCUUUAGUAUGUUGGAGGCCCUAAACAAAGACCAGAACUGGACUCAGGCUACGUUCAGACUAACAGUCCAAAUCCAAUUUUUGUGCAUAUCCGAUUAAAAAUCACAUCAGAUUUAGUAAUCACAUGAAAUGCGAUUUUUACAAAUCCGUUUCGAUUUUUACAUCACUUGAGAUCAACAUUCAUCACGAUUCUGCACUCAUGGGAGUCUAUUCAAAGAUUUUACAUACCCAACGUUAUCAAGACAGUUGCAAAAGGUAGUCAGUAAAAGGGCAGUGAUGUGUCAGAACUCGUAAGAAUUACAAGGACAGCUUUAUAAUACAAGCAAAACAUGAGGGGUCGUAUCAUAAAAGUUUCAAAACUCUGCUCUCUUUUGUCACAUCAUUGUCUUUAUUUUUCAUAUUGCCUGCGCAAAAUUUCGCUGGCUUCCACGGCAGAUCACAUUAUAAAUAAACGCGUAAUCGCUUAUUUUAAUGCCUUCCGUGUUUACUUCCGUAUGACAGCGCGCUGUGUGUGUUGCCAAGUCGGCGAUUUUCCCGCAUAAUUGGGUUACUUUUUCACUGUUGCAGCGGGUUGUUUUGCAACUCCGUGGGUUAAAGCGACCCCACUAAAACGAUAUUUAACCCACAGAACGCGAUUUUUACCGGGAUACCCCACGGAACGCGAUUGGGCUAGUUUUGGACUAGUUUUGAGAAGCAAUUGAGUGGAUUUUGUGGUAAAAAAAAACAAACAAAAAAAAAACAACCCACAACCCCGUUUGUAUCGUUCUUUUUCGCAUGCAGGUCAGUUCAGAACCACGAUCAGUUCACACUGAAAAUCUGAUAUUGGCCACAUUUAAAACAGCAACGUGAACAGCUAUAUACAAAAAAUAAAAAUUGGGCAUUAAGGCUCGCAGUGUGAACGUAUGAAACUAAUGCAGAUAUUCUGGAAAAUGAAAGCGCGGCAUGGGACACACAAAUCAGAUCUGAAAAGUUGCGAUAGGCCUACACAAUGUGGACAGUCAACAAUUUUAGAUCAAAUUCCAAUUGGAUACACAUAUAAUCGGAUUUGGACUGACAGUGUGAGCAUAAUGCAACUCAGGCCAUAUUUAUGUGGUUUUGAUGGGUCUCAAGAUCAAGACUCCAACUCUGACAAUAACUAAACAAUAAAAUACCAUUAAAUGGGUAUAGAAGAUUGUUAGGAUUAACAGUUCCAUUACUUGUCAAUUUUUUGCACUUCCUUGAUUUCAAUUUCAUUUCACCACCUCGGUUUCAGUUGAGAGUUGGUCUCUAAUUUUACCUUUGUGAAGCAAAUAAAUCAGAAGCAGUCAGGAUGGUUAGUUUUAAGCUAAAAUCCAGGAUUCUUGGGCAGACGACCAGUAAUAAAUUAGAUGAAAUGUGACACAAAAAGCAUGAAUCAGUUAUUAAAAAAUUAGUCAAAGGUUGUAGGUGGUAAGUGGCUUUCGAAAUGGAACCCUGUUGAUGUUUUCUUUAAAACUAUCUUGAAUAAUUGUCUUGAUGUGGAUCACUGAGGUAUGCAAAGCCCAAAGUGCCCGCCAAAGUAAUUCGGUUUCAGACAAGACUAAUUAAUGAGAGAAAUUCCAGAGGGACUCUGGUGCUCCCGUGCACUCUUUUAGUCAAUUUCCGAGUCUGCCAGCGGGACGUGUUUCCAGGCUCAAACAGCUCACCCUUCUAAUACCAAUCAACUUGACGUCUGACAUUCUGGAUUUCACAGCAUAUGUUGCAGCACUCAUGUAAAUUUAUGUAAAUCGCUACCAUUUUAUAAUAUUGUACAGUGCAUAUAUUGUAAGUAGUUAUAUCCUUGACAAAUUACAAAGGCAUAUUUUAAACUCAGAUGCAUUCCCAUUUUUACAGCAUUCAGCAUACUGUAUAUGUGCCUUGAAGGGUUAUCUUUCAAAUGUGGAGUUUGUAUUUCAUUAAGGCACAUACUCAAAUUCAUAUUCAGAUAUAGAAGCAAACAAAUUAAAAUACUUCUUUGUCAAACAAACAAAAAAAAAGCUCCCCCAUGUAUCCAUAUGGGAAAAACAUCAAAUAAAGCCAAAGCAACUAAUCCUCAUAAAUGCCGCCGCCGCCGCAAAAACAAUGCACAAACAUAUAUUUUAACACUGUCUGAAAUAUGUCCAGCGUUUCACUAGCACAACAACAACAAAAGCAGCAUUGUUUUUCACUUUUUAUUGGUUGUCACUUUAACCUAUGUAUGUACAUGAUGGUUUUUGGGGUCAGGACAGAAUAACAUGUAUUUUACAUCAAUAAACUGUACUUGCAUACUAUAUAUAAUAGCCUGAUGACAAAGACAGAUGAGCUUGUGUGUAUGGACUAGAUGAAAUGUAAUGACUUUAUGACUGGCAACAGAUCCACUGCUGUGGGGGGGCAUUGACACAAAUACAACAUGUGUAUCAAAACAUUUCGAUUUAUUUACAUAAAUUAAUAAUAAAAUGCAAAUUUAUUAUUAUAGGGGCGACAGGAGUUAAUAUGAUGAUAACAUUCAUGUGUGACAACUAGCCCCAUUCUCCCCUAUAUAUAAUUUAAUUGUCAAUAUUUGGAUUUUUGUCUGUCAGCAGAGAAACAAACGAUUGUUGUGACCAUCUCUUUUUCAUUUGUUUACUCUCAGCUACUAUAUUUUUAUCUUAAUGCUACAGGAAUAUUGCAUAGUUAAAUCUGUCUGUCCACCCACAGCAGUGUGAUUCACGCUGCUGUAUAAAUAUGAUUAUUCACAAUAAUCACCACAUGUUGCUCUGUAUUCAUUUCUACAAUAAUCUCUUUCGGCAAUAGAAUCCAUUAUUGAGGGAUCUUUAAAGAUCCCACUACAUCAAAUAAUCUGUGUGACCCUCUCUGACUAAAGAAGGAAAUUCGUCAUGAUACGGAUUCGAACUGCAGACUGUCAGAACAACAUACUGUUUAUUGUUUUUGCCUUUAUUGGGAAAACUUGCAAUGAGCAUUUAAAUUUGUUUGUUUGUCUUAUUUGUUGUGUGUGCAUGACAUAGUGUGGCCGGCUGACCUCUUGACCACAUGACUGGGGUGAAUUAAAAAUUUGAAUUAAAAAAUGUCAACUUCC